AUGCUUCCUUCAACGGGUUAUUUUAAUGGUCUCAAUUGUCCUUUUUAUGACAGUGGUCUUUGCGAGCGUCCUUAUUGUCAUUUUCGUCAUGUUAGGAAGGAGCCCCAAAACAACGAUGGUAUUGAAAGCGGAACAAUUUUACAAAAGUUGGUAUCCGCAGCAGUUCAAAAGGUGCUACAGCAAACAGAAGCGUCAGGAGCGUCGUCACCUGUGCAAACUUCCGAAGCUGAUGAAGUAUCAAAGUCUAACAAUAUGUUGUCAAUAUCAAAAGCAAUAUACAAUCCAACGCCUAUAUCAGAACUCAAUAAAAUUAACAAUGUUGAUUCAGAAAACAAUGAAGACCUAAAUGAACAGAGAAGGAGGCAUAUUCCAGUACCUUACACUCCUAGAAAGCCUACUAGUUUAGCAAUUAAGAGACCAGUUGAAGUUAAUGGUUCUUUCAAACCUUUUGUGUUUAUACCUCCACCUAUAAAAUAUACUCCAGGAUGUACAGAGAAUGCACAACUUGAUCCAUACACACCUAAAGGCUCUGUGGAAUCAAAGGAAAAAUAUUUACCUGGAAAAGAGACGGAACUCCAAGAGUACAAGCCUAAAGAGACACAGUCUUCUACAAAACGGAAUUAUGUCCCUUCAGACAAAACGGCUAAUAAAAAAAAGAUAUUGGAGUAUAAACCUAUUAAGGUCACUGCAAACACUGAAACUACAAAAGUCACAUAUCAACCAACACCACGAUCAUUGGCACCAUGUUUUUCUAGUGACGAAGAUGAUCAAGAGCCUGACCAUAAAAAAAGAAAAUUGUCAUAUGAUUUAAAUGGAUUAGAUGAUUUAGGACCUGAGUUUGAUAUAUUGGAUCAGAUAUUGGAUGAAGAGAAAACUGAUGGGGAUAGUAACCUAAAAGUCAUGAGAGUUAACCAAUCAGCGGAACUUAAAAAUAAUAAAGAGAUUGAUAAAACUGAAUCUAAAGAUACUAAGAAGAACAGCAAAGCAAUUGAUACAAGGAAAAAUGAAGCAAAAGAAAGUAAACAACCAGAUGGAAGUAAAUCAAAAAAUGUAGAAAAAUCAAAAACACAUGAUAAACACUCAAAGCAUAAAACAUCAAGUAAGGAUUCUAAAAAAAGUUCAACCCACAAAAGUUUGAAUAAUGAUAAAGAUAAGAAUAAUAAAACUGAGACAAAGAAACAUUCACAUUCAAAGAGUUCAAAACAUAAAAGUAGCUCAUCUAAAAGUUCAGAAAAGCAUUCUAAGUGUGUAAAAGAAGAUUCCAAAAAAAAGGAUGAUUCUCAUAAACAACAAAAAAGUCAUAAAAGCUCAAAGCACUCCAAAGAAAAGCAUAAAGAAUUAAAUAAAGAUAUUUUGGAUAAUAGUCCAGAGUUACAAGUAGAUGAUGAUGAACCAUUAGAAAUGUCAGAUCCAGAUGAAGAAAGCAUUGCUUUAGAAUGUAAAAAAAUUUUUGAGGAAUAUGUCCCUGCAGAAAAGCCUAAAUGUAUUAAAGAAACUGUCUCGAUACAAGAAGACAAUGAGGAAACUGAUGAAUAUGUGCCUGCUAAAAAAAGGGUAUCAAGAACAGUUGAUAAAAAUAUAAAAGUGACACCAAGACCACAAGUCAAACCGAACUUUAAGGUAAAUGCAGCCCAGGCAAUGGCUGACAGGUUAACAAAAAUUAGAGAAUUUCAUGCUUCAAAAAUUCAGCUCAAAUCUCCCGAAAUACCACAUAAGCCUCCAGACGUUCCAAAAAAUAAUAUUUUUGCUACUCCGCCCAGUGGCAACACAAAGAUUCGAAUUGCUCAUGUGCCUUAUGCCUCAACAUUAGUUAAUGCAAAGAAAAUCAUUUCACAUAAUGUUGACAAUAGUAAAAGUAUUCCUUCCACUAGUUGUACAGCAAUACAAACUGUUAAAAAAGGUACCCAAAGAGUGGCCCACAUGCCCAAUGAAAAGUUCAUUGAUAGGCCUGGUGUGUUAGAGCCUCUGGCUUCAAAAAUCCCUGCAAAUAUAAGAUCCGUUUAUUUAAAUAUGAUGAUAGAUGAAUGCCUUAAAAUUUAUUUGCUAGCACCAGAUGCUUAUGCUAGAGCCCAACAUGAAGAAUUAACAACAAGUAAAAAAUGUUCUACCAUUCAAAUUUACAAAAAUUCUGCUGUACUUACUGUAAGUAGGCUAAGAAAAGAAUUACAAGAAUGCAAUGGUGUUAAAAAAUCUGGCUCUGAUUGUACAGCACUUCAAAGAAUACCACAAAGCAUAUCUGGUACAACAAGUAGCGCUGGUUCGUGGAGCAUAGAAAAUAAGCACAGAAAGAAUGUAGAUGACACUUUGUACUUCAGUGGUCCAAAAUUGUAUAAUAAUAUAAAAAAAUGGAUUUUGACAGAAGAGCAGUUGCAAGAUAAUGGCUUUCCUAGACCUCAUAGUAGUGGAGAAAAGGGUAGAGCAAUAAUUUAUGGUCAAAAGAAACAAAAUCCACCAAAGGGUUAUAUAAGGACUUGUUGUAGAUGUAAAAAAGACUAUACUGUUGACAAGAAAGGUUUUCCUGCUGUCAAAGAAGAGUGUAUUUACCACCCUAACAAUAAAUACAGAGUCCGUGGUGAGGCUCGGUAUCAAUGUUGUAGUCAAGAUGGUACAUCGGAUGGUUGCUGUAUAGCUUCCUGUCAUGUGUAUGAGUAUGUAGAUUAUGAAAAUUUAAAGGGUUAUGUCCAAACUUUACCACCUGAAAAAGAUAUGGAUGAUUAUGGUGUAUAUUCAUUAGAUUGUGAAAUGUGUUAUACAACACAUGGCUUAGACUUAACUAGGGUUACUGUAAUAAAUUCAGAUUGUAAAGUAGUUUACGAAACUCUUGUAAAACCUUUUCAUCCUAUUAUGGAUUAUAAUACUAGAUACUCUGGAAUUACUGAGGAACAAAUGACUGGUGUGAAAACUACUUUACUUGAAGUUCAAGCUACCCUUCUUACCAUGUUUAAUAGUAAAUCUAUAUUGAUUGGUCAUAGUUUGGAAUCUGAUUUCAAAGCUCUUAAACUCAUUCAUGACACAGUUAUAGACACUAGUGUCUUAUUUCCCCAUAAAAUGGGUCCCCCUUAUAAAAGGGCGCUAAAGAAUUUAUCUUCUGAACACUUAAAAAAGAUUAUACAGAAUUCAGUUGAUGGGCAUGAUAGUGCUGAAGAUGCAACUGUAUGCAUGGAACUGCUGCGUUAUAAAUUAAAAGAAGACUUGAAAACAAGGUGA